CUACAACUUUCUGGGCGUAUUAAGUGUGAAAUUCCCAUUUUUUUUCCCACGUCCAUUUCCUUUCGCCGUCGUCGUCGUUUUCUGUUCUUUGUCGUCGUCGUCCUUGUCCAUCGCCGUCGUGGUCCCCAUCGCUGCCGUCGUCCAUCGUCCCACGAUCCUCAUUCCCCUUCACACACACACGCAGCUAUGCGAUUAAUGGUAUCACCAAGACGGCCGUUACGGCGAGUGAUCAAACUGCGUCGCUAUGUUCGUGCGUCGAUUGUCCUUACGAUCCUGUUUUGGCUCAAAGACUGGCUGUGCUGCGUCUUUAUCAUUGUAUACUGCUACAUCUCCUGGAACAUUGCCAAAGUCAAUUACAUUGGGUCAGGGAACGACGGCUUCCCGCUUCACCUUGACACUCUGCCUCCCGCUCCCGAUAUCGACUUUACGGCACUUGCCUCUGCUCGAGCACUCUUGGCAAGCAGACCGCACAAUGCCACCGCAAGUGACGAGUACAGUCGCGCACAAGACUUUGUCACCAAGAGCGAAGAGCUCCUCCGCUGGGGCCCCGAGUCAUCCGAGGCCGACCGGCCCAUACCGCCCAUCAUGCACCAUAUUGCUAUCGAGAUGAAAACCCCGAUUCCACAAAAGUGGCUGGACGCUCGGGAUGCUUGCAAGCAAGUGCAUCCUGACUGGACAUUUAUGUUUUGGGAUGAUGCAUCUGCGGAAAACUUUAUUCGGAAGGAACACCCAUGGUUCCUUCACACUUGGACAAAUUACAAGUAUCCCAUCCAACGGGCCGAUUCGCUGAGAUAUUUAGUUCUAUUUACCUAUGGAGGAACAUACCUCGACAUGGAUCUUCAGUGCAGACGGUCGUUGGACCCAUUCAGAAAAUUCAAAUUCGUUGCUCCCGCUGCUCAUCCUGUUGGAAUCUCAAAUGGUUUCAUUAUGACGUCGCCAAAAAACUCCUUUCUCCGACAGUUGACCAGCAAUCUCCAGUACUUUAACCGCUGGUACCUCUCCCCGUACAUAACGGUCAUGAUCUCUGCCGGAUGCAUGUACGUGUCCUCGCAACACGCCAUUGCAUCCGAUCGAAGCGAGCUCAUGGUCUUGGGAGGGCUCAACAACAAGCUCAGCGGAAAUGUCACAACGCCCAUCUUUACCCACCUAGGCGCUAGCAGCUGGCACGAGAAGGACGCAAAGGUGUUCAAGGUGUUGGGCAAGGUGCUCAAAUCGAUACCAAUAUUUGGAAAGGAUUACAAGUGAUGGUUAUCCCACACGGCGUGGACGCCUGAUGGGGCAAUCUUUUGCAAUAUCCUGCCACCCUCAGCACUUUCCACUCUCCCGAAUUUUUUUUUCUUGUUAUUUCUCUCUACUCCCAAGUUUUUGCUACGAUAUACGCAUCCAUGUGAAGAGGGAAUGGUGGAAUUUCUCCAAAGGAGUGUGGAAUCGGCCACGGAUUUGCAUUUUGGGACACAUUUGGGUUUCCCUCCCCGUAAUUUAUCUUAUGAAUCUGUAUUAUAAAUGCUUGGGCACAAUCUGCUACCUUUGAAUGAUAAGAUUUUUUCAUACUGGAAUGUUAACAUUUGAAC